UGCACGCACCCUAUUUUCAUUUUACUUUGUGCAAAUGAGAGAAGAAAUUGGCCAUUUUAUCAAGGAUUUUGAAAGUUGCCCCUGGCGGGUUAGAACGCACGAGUGACGCAUCGCAAACGCGAGUGAACGUAGCAAAACGGGCCAAGCGGACCGACGCCCGCCUGCCAUUCGGAGAAACGGAAAAGCGAACCGCGUCAUCUGGCCAUUUUUUUUUUCAUCUCUCCUUCGCAUCCACAAAUCCGUCGGAAUCCUUGCGUGCACCUUCGUCCCUUUCCCUCGCUGUACGCGUACGCCAGCCAAGAAUGGGCGCGAGAAAGUGAUGAACAUGUAUAUAAAUAUUCAAGAGUGCAGCCCCUGACCCGGUUACCAAGUGAUGUGACAACGCCACAGAACGCCGUUCUUCUGCUGGAUGCGUUCUGGUGCGUGUGUGUGGUUUUUUUUUUUCUUCGUUUCCGUCGCGGUGGUGAAGAUUAGUGUGGUCAAUCUUGUUGGACCGGAGCGGAACUCGCACACACAAUCGCGCUUCCGCAGCGAAGCCUCCUUGGUGGAAGCGCGUGUAAAUACGCUAGAAGAGAGCAGCAGUGGAUUGCUGCUGUGUUGUUCGUACGGCAGUGGUGUGUAGCAUUGCGCCUCUACACACACGCACACAAGCGCACACUCGCUGUCGUGCGAUAGUGUUGAAGCUGGAAGGAAAAGGUUAGUGUGUUUAUGGUCCGAAAUACGUCGGAAAAUUUCGCCCCUGCACGGUGCGACCAGUGCGACAGACGGGAGACACGGCAGACGGUUUGCAAUUAAAAACAAUUUGCUAGCUAAAAAAGACAAUCAAAAUGGCCGCCGUGCGGUGUGCUGCAAAGUCCGGAAUGUGUGUGUCCGAUCGGUGGAAGGAUUAGCAUACUAAACCCGACGGGCGACGACGAGAUCGGUGGUCACGGUUAAUACGUGUUUAUGCUGUCUUGGCUCUGGUGCCAUCGGUAAUAACCAUCAUCAUCAUCAUCAUCAUCGCCAUCGCACUGCUGUGCCCCCGUCCACGUCGCGUGCAGUGAGUGAUAUAGGAAAGAAAAACAAAGAAAAAUGCGUGAAAAUCCCGAUGACGUGAGUCCGCAGAUAUGGAAAGAGUGGAUCCUGGAGGCGAUACGGCGCAUCCGGUUCCAGAAGCAGCGGCCCAGCAUACAGCGCAUCUGCCAGGCGAUCGGCAGCCACCACAAGUUCCACGAGGACAUUGUGGCGGAAAAGCUGGAGGAAGCGGUCGAGGCCGGCUCGGUGCUGAAGGUGUACAACAAGGGGCUGCACUCGUAUAAGGCGCCCACCUCGACCCAGCGGCGUGUCAUCAACGUCACGAAUGACAGCAACCUAUCGCGGCUGGUAGCGAAAGCGGUCCGCGAUCUGGGCGAGUUCGAUGGGUCGUCGCAGAAAUCGAUUGAAAACUAUGUACAGCAGACGAACAACCUGCACAUUGCGCCCGACACGGACUACAAGAGUGUGAUCCGCCAUGCGAUUCGGAUUGCGCUCGGGGAGGACACGAUCAUGCAGGAGGGUCGGCUGUACAAACCGGGCCCGGUGUUCAAACCGAUCACCAAGCGCAAAUCAACCUCCCCGAAAAAGCGUGGCAACAAGCAUUUAGAUCGUUCGGCCGACGGAAGCAUUUGUGUGGUGUGCCAGGAAGCGGACGGUAACGCAUCGGACGAUGAGUGCGAAACACUUACCAGCUGCAGCAGUUGUGGAGCAGGGCUGCACGACAGCUGUGCGAACGGAAGUGGGGGACACGGUAGCAGCAGCAGCAGCAGCAGCAGCAACAGCAGAACGGUGACGCUAUCACGCCUGCUGGAAAAGGGCAACGUGUGGCACUGUGAGGAGUGCAAGGUGUGUGAUGCGUGUGCGAACCAGGACGACGACGAGGAGGACGGUGUGAAAGGUGUUUGUUUGUUGGAUUGUUGGAGCUGUAAGAAACAUUUUCACCUGUCCUGUCUUAAUCCACCACUGUCGGAGAUGAAAAAAUGCAAAACUGCUUGGAGAUGCUCCGACUGCUUAAGCCAAUCGCGGGACAGUGAUCGGAAGUCCAGUAUAAUGCGACCGGCAGCGGGCGAAAAGAAGCGGAAAAGAUUGCUCACGGGCGAUAAAGAUCCAAAGGGGAAUACAGAAGCUAUCAGUCUACCAGUACCUUACAAAAAUCCGUAUGAUUCAACCAAUGAAGAUGCUAUAGAAAAACAAACCCUCCCGGAAGGCGUGACGCAGCAGGACGCCGAACUGUACAAGUACGUGCGCGAACAGUCGACAAAGAUUGUGGUCGGAGUGACGAAGGCCACUAGCAAGUAUAACAACAACAACAGUGAACGUGGCCGACACUUCUCGCCCGACCGUCCCAGCCACCAGUCCUCGAACAGUAUUCUUCAGCAGUCGCCAUCGAAACUGAUGGCAGCGCAGGAUCGUUGUCCGGCGGCGAUCGAGUUCGGCAAGUACGAAAUCGAAACAUGGUAUUCAAGUCCCUUUCCUCAGGAAUAUGCUAGACUACCCAAGCUAUUCCUGUGUGAGUUCUGCUUAAAGUACACCAAAAGCAAGGCGGUACUGCAAAGGCAUCAGGACAAAUGCUCCUGGCGUAAUCCACCCGGGACGGAGAUCUACCGCCACGAUGGUGUGUCCGUGUUUGAGGUGGAUGGAAAUGCGAACAAAAUCUACUGUCAGAAUCUGUGCCUGCUGGCGAAGCUGUUCCUCGAUCACAAAACCCUGUACUACGACGUAGAGCCGUUCCUGUUCUACGUGCUGACGCGCUACGACCGCAAGGGCUACCACCUGGUCGGCUACUUCUCGAAGGAAAAGCACUGCCAGCAGAAGUACAACGUGUCAUGCAUUAUGACGAUGCCGCAGUACCAGCGGCAGGGCUACGGCCGGUUUCUGAUCGAUUUCAGCUACCUUCUCAGCCGGGAGGAGGGUCAACCGGGCACACCGGAAAAGCCGCUGUCCGAUCUUGGCCGGGUUUCGUACUACGCGUACUGGAAAUCGACCGUACUGAACUACUUGCACGAAUACCGGCGCCGGUCGGAGCCGCUCUCGAUACAGCAGAUCUCGCAGGAAACGGGCAUGGUCGUGCCGGACAUUGUGCUCGCGCUGCAGCUACUCUCCUUCAUCAAGUACCGCAAAAUCGAUCGGGGCGGCGGCUUCAAGGUGUACCAACCGCUCAUAUGCAUCGAUUGGCGGCUGGUCGACAAGCAGCACGAGCGUACGGUACGGUCCCGGGCACGGCUCGCCAUUGAAAAGGACUGUCUCCGCUGGACGCCACUGUUUCUCUCCAGCACGGCAUCAUUUUCUGAGCUUGACAAUAGCAUUGCUCCGAUGGAGGUUAACGAAGCGACGGCGGACAAUGAAGCGGCGGACCGGAUGAGCGCUGGUGUCGUCAGUCCGAAACCGGAAGAAGAAUCGGAUCGGGACGAGAAGCACCCACACAAAGCGUCUCGUGCGGUUAAAGGUGGAAGUGGCGCCGGAUCAUCACAGCAGCCGGCACAUCGAAAGGGAGAGUCAUCAGGUAAAAGAAAAAAGCGUGGACGAGAUCCGUCACCGCCACCAGCAGCAGCAUCAGGAUCAUCGUUGGAAGCUCCGGUCGUUUCGCGCGUUAGCAAAUCGCAUGCGCUCAAGGUGGAAGAGCACACUGAUGAGGACGAAACCGUGGUGGCUGCCCUAACCGCACGUAGUAAUGCUACGCCGCUCGGCGGACGGAAACGGGGCCGGGUAGGGGUGCAGGAGAAGGAAUCUAGCAAACUCGGCAGUGUGAACACGUUCGAAAGACUCCGAAAGCGACGCCGGCUGGAUUCGGAAGAAACGGUAGAAGACAAAACACCGCCCGCCUUCAGCAAUCUGCCGAAGGAUGCCUCGCCCGUUUCCGGCAGAGCUGGUGGUCCGCGAAGAAAGCGAAUAAAUAUGCGACUUUCCGACUCGGAGCAGGAACCCGAACAACCGCCGGAACGGACGCGAACCGCUAGCGAGCAACUGAGGACUCGUCCGCACAAAUCAUCCACGCGCGAGGCAGACACGGUGAAUGGGGUGGUUGGCCUGUUUGGACGUACCGUAGACACGGAAACCGAACAACGUUCCUCCCCGGUGGUGCCGACCGCUGGGGUUGCCAGCAAACGCACCGAACGUGGUGGUGGUACGGGAAUGCGAAACUCAAAGCGUUUGGCGAGCAGUCCAGCGAACGCGGUCGAAAGUGAGGAACCAGCGGAAACGACGGUGGAGAAGUCGAAACCAUUUCGAACCAGCUCCUCAACGGCUGGCUCGGUGAGGCAGAAGCAUCAGCAGCAUCACACGGCGCACGAAGCACCAGCGUCGUCCAACGCAUUGCAAAUGUUACCUUCCUGCUCGUCCUCCUCGUCGUCGAUCGCGGGUUCGGGGUCACUUUCGCCCGCCAAGAAGGAAACAUCGGCCACCACCGUCAACGCGCACGGUUCGAGCAGUAGCAAGCUGCGCCAUAAAACUUCUCCCACGACUACAGGCGUCGGUGGGCGUAGCCAUAAGAAGCGACAGGGUAAGAAAACGAUUGUCCCGGUGGCGGAUGCGAGCGAAGACUACUCCUCCGGUGAAGCGGACGACGAAAUGGAGGAGGAAACGCGCAGUACACCGACAGCAGCAGCAGCAGCAACCAUUCCGAAGAAAUCUCCUACUAAAGCCGCCCAGCACAAUCCAGCCACCGCGGUAAACAAUGGUUCGAGCGAAAUGGCUCCUAAAGGGCCGCCAGGUGCAGCGCGCGAUCAUUCGCCAACCCCGAGCGGAAAGGCUCAAAAGAGUAAGACAAUAAGCGAGCGUCGUGGGAAGGAGGAGGAGAGUACGGAGCGAGCCACGAGAGCUGCUGUUGCUGCUGCUGCGGCAGUUACGACAGUGGAAGCACCACCAGCAGCAACAAACGACAGUGACAACGCUCAGCAAACUGUGCAGGAAAAUAGUACAACACAGACCUUAUCAAACGAACAACCGGAAAGUACAAGCAAUGCCACGCAAACGAGCGACCAGCGGACACCCCAACCGCAUCAUCCGACGGAAGCUACAAAUGAAGUCGUGUCUGUCGGUUCCAAAGAAGACACAGCAAAGGAAGGCUCCCGAAGCAACCGGUCCUCUGUCGAAGGGUGUAGCACCGGUUCCGUCAUUAGCCGACCGGCAGCAUUUUCCGACCGUAGUUCCUUAGAGCAGGGGAAGGAAAGCGUCACCAGCAAAGCCGAACAGAAGGAAGGCGUAAUUCUGCAAGCACCUUCCUCCACACCGGUUACUACUCCCGAGAAGAAGGAUAGCAGCACCACCACCACCAGCCGAUCGGCCGCUGGUAAAGAGUCUUACACACGAACCAGCCCGCCAAAGGCCCAACCCGAACAGCAGUCGCAAAACAGCAGCAGUAGCGUUAUAAGCGAAACGCUACCCCUCGUGAAUGGUGUAGAGAUCAACGAAAAAAUCUCUGUGAUAACUGAAUCAAAAAACUGUCUCACAACAACACCUGCAGAGUCGUCGUUGUUGGCACAGUCGAGUGAUUCGGACGCGGCUCGGAGCCACGAACAGGAUAACGCUGCUAACGCUGCGGGAGCGAGUGUAGCAACGCCGGAAAGGAAAACCGUCGGAACGAUGGUCGAUCCCGGUCAGACGGCGAAUGGCGGCGGAGUAGAGUGUGGUCGCUCGCCGAAACAAAGGCACCCGAACGAUGCGGACCACGGUACGAAUCGAACGUCCGCCGAGCGUGCUGCGAACGGCGCCGCCAACAAUACGGCCAGUGUGCUGAAGAUCAAUGAAAACUAUGACAAACAUCAUCACAAUCAGCAGCAGCAGCUGCAGCAGCAGCAACAUCACGCCGAACCGCUCCGAACCCGGCCGAAAGUGAUUGUGGACACCACCGGCUCGGGGGAAGCUAAGCCGCACGAAGAGUCGGCAACGGAAGCGUCCAAAGCGACCGAGGUUAUAAGGGCGAGGGAAGAUGCGAAGGAGACGGCUGCCAAAGCAAGCACCGACACGGGCAUAAUUCAACAAACUUCGGCAAUCGUACCGGCUGGCCAGCCGUCGGCUCCGGCGGCCACGGUUCACGAGAUGGCGAUGCACAAGAAGAAGUUUAUGAAAACGAUGGACAUGACGGUCCCUGCUGAACCGACGCCACAGCAGCAGCAGCAGCCAGGAAAACCGUUGGCAAUUGCCGGCGAGAAAUCCGAUCAGUCUGUCAUCAAACAGAACGAGGAGGUGACCAAGCUGGCCAGCCUUACGCACACUACUACCUCCGGGAUUGGCAACAGUACGAGUGUAUCCGGUUCCUUAGCCUCUUCAGCGGGCAGCGAGAAUGCCAGCGUCGCCGGUGGUGUUGUGGACAUUCGGAAGGACAAGUCACCAGCGAAGUCCACUAGCGCCGCAUCCACCUGCAGCACCGUAUCUCCGCCGGUGUGCACCGGGUCGUCUAAGGGUGCAAAAAACGAAUCGCUUAAAGUGGCGUCCUCGCACAGCACCGCCAGUGCUGCAGCAAAGCUUUCGGAAAGUUCCGUCGUCGGCACGGCUACGGCGGUUGUAACAAGCGCCGCUGCCACGCUGAUGGACAGUGGAAAGCGAAGCGAUUCGAGCACGGACGCAGCAUACGGCGGCGGAGAAGAACCAAAGGCUGAAACGAAACGAGCAAAGGAGAAAUCAUCUGCUGCGAGUGGUGGUGCAUCGGCUGUUAGCUCUACCAAUAUCGUUGCUGCUGCUUCCGUGAGCAUACCAGAGGAAGGUGGUAAGACAAGCCGCAGCAGUAACUCAUCUUCGUCCUCACCGGCUAGCGAACAGCAGCCGCCAGUGGGCAAACGGUCCUCCGGUUCAACGUCGUCGACUAGCUCGUCGGGUUCGGGAUCGAGUAGCGCGAAAGGCGACCACUCGGCCUCAUCCACCAGCACGGCGAUGCCAUCCGUGGGAACUGGGACUACGACGGGGACGGCUUCUUCUUCCAAGCGUUCGGAAGCAAAUGCUCGCAAGGAAGCGAUGAAGCACAGUGCUGCUGCGACUGGUUCGUACGGUGGGAAUCAGGGCGCUAACAGCGGCAACACCACAACCCCAACAGUCAACAGCCAUUGUAAAGUGUUGCAGCAGGAGAGUCAUCAAGUUCAUCAGCAGCAGCAGCAGCAGCAACAGCAACAGCAGCAGCCCCAACAACAGCAACAUCAACUGCAGCAGCAGCAACAGCAGCAGCAACAUCACCAUGCACAGCAACAACACUCGCAGCAUCAUCCAUCUCAACAUCCGCCAAAUCCGCACCAGCACCAUCAGCAGCAGCAGCACCAACAGCAGCAACAGCAGCAGCAGCAGCAGCAGCACCAUCAGCAGCAGCAACAGCAGCAACAGUACCACAUGAGCUCCAAGUCAUCGGCCAACAUGUCACCGCUGUUGAUGGAUGGAGCGGGUGUUGGCGCAACUUCCGCCGGCGCUUCAAUGCAAGGCGGCGGUAUGGGUGGUGCUGGCAUCCCGAACAACCUGCCCGUCAGCUCGUCCCCGUCGCUAGGUGUGGCAGCCGGGAACGUGCACAGCGGCAGCAUGAUGAUGUCGUCCGGUCCUCCCGGAGCGAUGGGCCCGACGGGUGCCAUGGGCAUGAACAGUGCAUCGUCGUCCUGUCGGACGGAUAAGCACGCGUCCGCAUCCUCCAAGCACCCGAUGCACGACCCAAAGACGACGAUCGAUCUGAACAAGAUGUCGUCCCAGUUUCCCGGCAUCAAUCAGCUGCCGAGCUACGCACCUUCGCAGUAUUGGCAGCUGGAACCGUACUACCAGAGCUACAACCUUACGCACCUGGACACGGGCAGCCAGAAGUCACCGAACAAGUUCCAUCUCGAUCUGGCCACCAGCAUGGCGUACGGCAGCUUUCCCUCCAAUCUGUACCCUUCGUUCCAGCAUCAGGAGCAACAGUACCAGCAGGUCCCACCGGCGGCGGCCUCUUCCGCACCGGCCUACCAGCCGAAGGAGCGGAACACUGGCAAGUCGGAUCGCAAAGGCACGUCCGGCGGUGGUGCGAUCGAGCAGUCAUCCUCAUCCUCAACGUCCUCGGGAGGAACCAAGCACGGGAAGUCCUCUUCCAAGUCCGCCUCGAAUGCCGCUGCAGCUGCUGAUGAUGGUAGCAAGUUCAAGGGAAGCAACGCCCCGGACGUUCACCAUCUCUCGCAACAUUCCUCUCAGCAGCAGCAACAACAGCAACAGCAACAUCAGCAGCAACAACAGCAGCAACAGCAACUUUGUCCGUCACCGUACGACACCGGGCUGCUGUGUGCGAAAGCCAACCAAUAUCAUCAUCUGUCCUCUGCCCAGGUCGUGCAGCAUCCGCACCAACUAGCUCAGCAACAUCACCAGCAUCAGCAGCAGCAACACCAACAGCAACAUCAGCAUUAUCAACACCAGCAGCAACAGCACGCCGCGCAGCAGCAACACACGCAGCACAAAUCGAUCCAGAAGAACAAGAACGACAACGCCUCCUCCUCCAGCAACAAGCUGAACGACUCCUCCUGUAUGGUUGCCGGAGCAGCAAAGUCUUCGCCAGCGGUCAACGACCCGGCAACGGCCGGCUCCUGUCACGCCUCGGUACAACAGCAAACGAUGCAUCUGCUCGGCAAUGGGGAUAGCGAUGGGGCGACGGGCGGCACGCAGCAGGCGGACAUGAAACAGGGAACGCCGAGCGGUGGUGAACAUUCCAUCGGUGUGUACACGCCGGAAUCCACGACCUCCAACUCGGUCCAGAGCCUGCAUCAGUACGGUCAGUGCGAUAUAGACGUGAGCCAGCUGGGGCUGGAAUCGCCGGCCAGCAUAGCGAGCGACGUGACCUCGCAGAACUCGGCCGACGCGAUACGACCGCCGAGUGUCGUGUCGCAGCACGGUGGCUCGAUCGGAGGCCCCUACUCGGACUGUUCCGUGCAUCAGCAGCAGCAGCAGCAGCAACAGUUGCAGCAUCAGUCACAAAUGCACAUGGCGAUGCAUACGCACGUGCCGGAAACGAGUCCACAGCAUCCGCCUCAGCAGAUGACAAUAAUAGCGAACAAUGCGGGUGGUGGUGGGGCUGGUGCCGGUGGUGCUGGUGGUGGCGCUAGUGGCGGUGGCUCUGGCAAUGGAAGCAGCGGACGGGGUAAGCAACAUCCCUCCCAGCAGCAUCUCGCUCAGCAGCAGCAGCAGCAGAUAGCUCACGGCGGAGGAAACAGCGGUACGGCGGGUCGUUCACAGCGAGCGUCCACACCGAAGGUGAGUCGCAACACACCAACGCCAGGAGCGCAACAGCGUCAUCAAAGCCGCACGACACCGCCGGUCGUUAGCAAUGUGAUACAACCGAUCGUAAGCCCGGGCCAUCAUCAGCAGCAACAGCAGCAGCAGCAGCAACACCAGCAACAGCAGCAACAGGCAGCGAUGCAGGCGGCUUCGCUGAAUCAACAGCAGCAACAGCAGCACCAACAGCAGCUGGCUCUCCAGCAACAGAUGCACCAAACGUACGGCCAAUCGCUCAACCACCAAGCGCACAGUCAGAACAUGCAUCAGGCGGCGGCGGCGGCGGCGAGCGGUGGCUAUCUGGGUGCGCAGCUGGCCCUGUCGGGUCAAGCGCCACCCUACCCCCAGUCACCAACCUCCUACGGCAGCGUCAUCCAGCACCGAAUGUCCAACAACCAUACCCCGGCCAGCCUGCACAGCCCGCACCAGCGACUCGGAGCCUCACCCGUGUCCUCCUGUGCCGUAUCCUCCGCCAACAACUUCUACGUCCAGCAGCAGCAGCAGCAGCAGCAACAGUCGGGCGGCGUAACGCACCCCGGUUCGCACACACCAAUCCCCCAGGCACCAACGCCCGCUCCAACACCGACCCCGACCCCGACCCCGCAGCUCGAGCCUCAGUCCUGCCAGGGCGGAGCGACGGGACAGCAGCUCCAGCAGCAGCAGCAGCAAGGGCCACAGAUAUCCUGCCUCUCGAAGCUGCAGCAACUCACCACCAACGUGGACAUUUGCAACUCGCCCGUCACGCCACCUCCCUCCGCCCAUCACGCCGCCCAUUCGCACGGCGGUGCUGGUGGUGGGCCACCGGGCGGUGGUGGUGGUGGGGGAGCGAGCGGCACCAGCUCCAACCAAUCCGCGGGCGGUAAUAUGGUGCCGGCACAGAACGUUGUCCGCAACAUAUCCACCCCGCCGGUUUCGAUCCAUUCCGCCGCGCAAAUGUCCACCAUCAACUAUCACAAGUACUACACGGGCAACAUGAACAUGCCGUCGAUCGCGCAGAAUGCGGUGGCGGCGGCAGCUGUGGCCGGCGCGGCACGGCGCAAUGCGGCGGCCGCAUCGUCCGCCCAAAUACAGCACAUGGCGGCGGCGGCAAACCGUUCGAGCAGCGUCAGCCCGAACGUGGCGAUUAGCACGAACCUGAUGUCGCCGUACGGGUCGCUGAACGGGUACCGGAUGACGACGGCUGGCCAGUCGCCGGGAACGGGCGGCUACAUCGGCAAUCCGGCGGCCGGCUUCAUCCAGAACUCGGCCCAGCUCGGCCCGGUGCAGAUGGGCGUGAUGAACAUGCAGUCGCAGUACCAGGACCCGAGCGCGAUCCAGCGCGCGCAGCAGAACUCGAUGUACUCAUCCUACUCGGCCUAUCUGCCUCCGAUGAGGCGCUGAACAUAGUGUAAUAUGGUUGCCAACAGGAUCCGGGGAGCCUUGAAAACACCCCGCCCCCCCUCAAAUUGUUUGCCAUCCUCAUUCGUUGGGUUUUAAUGAUUUACCGUACGUGCGCACGGGAUGAUGCGAGAUGAUAUAGGUGCGAAACCCUCCACUAUUUCGAUUAUUUAGAUCACACAAACACAAGCACAACAUUUUAUUUAACCCGUAGAUGCCUCUGGGUGUGUGUGCGGGCCUUCCUAGGCAGGUAGGUCAACGGUGGCUCGGCUGGUCCGUUGUAUCUAUCGCUUAUUCAACUCAACUGCACAUACACACGAUCCGUACUGUUAGAACUAGUAGAUAGCGGAGUUUCCGGUUGUCCAACACACACACAUAAAAGGGGCUUUUGUACAGUUUAGAAGUAUCAGCAAUCGGAUUAGCUGAGGAUACACGGAUAUCAGAGGCUUUCCUUUCCACGAUUCCUUCCCUUUUCGGUUGUUUUCUGCUUAGUUGUGACGCUGCUGAGUGGAUGGCCGGGCACACUCUCUCUCUCUCGAAUUAGUGCGCCUAUACAUAUACCUAUACAUAGAUAAAUAUUGCAAGCAGUGUAGAAUAAAAUAGUAUUGGGGUUUUAACAGAGACAGGACAAGAAAACAAAACACACACACACAGACACGAACGAGAAACGGCUCGGUUUUAUGCCAUUGCUCUCGAUGUAACGUACAACGUCUCGCGUCUCUUUCUCGCUCCAGUGGUUUAAGUUAAUAGAGGAGUGGGGCUGAGUAGGCUGUGUGUGUGUAUCUUGCGUAAUCCUGCUGCACCGGAUCGCAGCGGCUUCUUUUUAAGUCAUAUGUAGGUAAGAAAGGACAGGUGUUAUUAUUGAAUGCAACGACAUCCCCCGCCCCAAACCCACACACACACACAUACACACAAGUACCGGUUAAGUUAUAUGAAAUAUUAGGGACAGAUACGGAGAGCGCGUACGUGUACGCGCGCUGCGUACGACUCGAGACCUGGAGUGUUGAGUGAGUGGAAGUGAAAAAAAACACAAAAAUCGUUACAAACACUAACUGCUGCUGCAAAAGAGAGCAUAUGGUGGGAGAGGCAUUAGUAAGAAAUAUUAGAAACUGAUUAAUUAAACCUGUACACAUACAUCAUACACACACACACACGCGAAGGUGCGUGCGCGCGCGUGCAAGUUGUUUGAAAGGUAUAAUAAACAAACGAAUCAAUCUACCCAC